CAUCACCAUCCUCCUUCAUCCGUCUCCACGUGCGGACAAAGUAGGCUUCACAUACAGGCAAACAUCAUGUCUUUGAAUCCAUCUGGCACGAUCAUCCAGUCUGAUACCGAUCCCUCGUCUCAAACGACACUCAUCCCCCAUAAUCAGCAGCCACUCGUCAUCCGCACCUAUCCUUCACUCAACCAAUUGGAUAAGUGCAUUCAGAAUGCCGCCGUCGCACAGGAAAAGUGGGCCCGCGUACCCCUCAAGCAGCGUAUCGCGAUAGGUCGCAAGUUCAUAGAGGAGUUUGAGAAGAUGAAAGAGGAGAUCCCUCUGGAGCUCACUCUGCAGAUGGGCCGCCCAGUGAAGCAAGUUCCCGGUGAAGUCCGCGGUACACUUCAGCGCGCGGAUUACAUGCUCUCCAUCGCCGAGAAGGCCCUCAAGGAUGUCUCGUUAGCCGAUACGGACCAACCAGGCUUCCGUCGCUACAUCAAGCGUGUACCUCUUGGUGUUGUCCUCGUUGUCGCACCGUGGAACUACCCUUACCUCGUCAUGGUCAACUCCGUCCUUCCAGCACUCGUGGCGGGAAACUCAGUCAUCAUCAAGCCUUCUCCCCAGACGCCCCUCUCUGCUGAGCGUUUCGCAGCCGCCUUCCACAAUGCCGGCGUGCCCAAGGAUGCGCUUCAGGUCAUCCACUUGAGUCCGGAGCUUACGACCAGGGCCGUCCAGCAUACGCUGGUUGACUUCGUCGCAUUCACUGGCAGCGUGGCGGGCGGUCGCGCCAUGGACAUCGCCGCUGCUGAAGCCGAAGGCUUCAAAGGCGUCGGCCUCGAGCUCGGUGGCAAGGAUCCAGCGUACGUUCGCGCAGACGCAGACUUGGACUACACUGUCCCUGAACUGGUCGAUGGUGCCUUCUUCAAUUCCGGACAGAGCUGUUGUUCGGUCGAGCGUAUUUAUGUUCAUGAAUCCAUCUUCGACGACUUCGUUGCGAGAUUCGUAGAGCUCACCAAGAAAUACAAGCUUGGCGACCCGACCGACCCUGAAUACAACCUCGGCCCAGUGUGUAGUGUGGCUAGUGCGGAGCGGAUUCGCAAACAGGUCGCUGACGCUGUGGCUGCCGGUGCGAAAGCGCUCAUUCCAGAGGACUUGUUCCCUGCUGCGACAUCCGGAACCGCUUUCGUGGCGCCACAGGUCCUCAUUGAUGUUGACCAUUCAAUGGAACUUAUGAAGGAAGAGACAUUCGGACCUGUCAUCGGCAUCCAGAAGGUCGCCUCCGACGUUGAGGCGAUUGCGCUGAUGAACGAUUCUCCUUACGGUCUGACCGCUUCUGUGUGGACAAACGCUCAAAACAACCCCGAGUCGGAGGAGGCAUUCCUACACUUAGUCGAUGAGCUGCAGACGGGUACAGUCUUCCUCAACCGGUGCGACUACCUCGACCCUGCGCUCGCGUGGACGGGUGUGAAGAAGAGCGGACGCGGGGUUAGCUUGAGUAUCUUCGGUUACGACCAGCUGACGAGGGCGAAGUCCGUGCAUAUGAAGAUCAAGACCUCUCAGUGAGACGUUCGAAUACUAGCAAGCCGUGCGAACAGGAGCAAAGCGGGUGAGUUGUAUGAGAUGAACCACCAAAUUCAAUGUAUCAUGACCACAAGUUACUUGUAUCACACAUCCUUGAUAUACACUUCAUUGCUAUAGUGAAUAUU